AUGUGCUCAUCCACAUUGUCUCCUAUGUACUUUACCUCCUUUGCUCCUGGUAUCAUCCCAUACUCCGGCUUCGCCACCGAGGUAUUGCAGAUCUACUCCUUCAAAAUCUUUGAUCUAGAUGACAGCUUGAAUUGGCCACUCUAUGUGUACGGCGUAGUUGCUGCUCGAGACUCUGUGGAUGGUAACCGCAACCUUCUCUUCUCUCGCUCCAGCGCUAACUGCCAAGUACUCACUGAAAAGGAUCCUUUUUUGCACUUGACUGGCCCUUCCCGUGCUAUACUGUCCGAGUACCCUGUUGACUUUGAAGUUGAACUAAGGAUAAAAGAUGGAGCAGAGUCCCAAGAUAAAGCAUUGAUGAGUUCUACUAACCACCACCAUUUCGGUGGUGAUACUGCUCUUUUCUUUGGCUGCCUGUGUAGCGCCGAGAUGGGCCUUCAGACUAUUCGUAGUGCGGUCCAGGCCACUAUCUUGUCUGUUCGUGUUGUUGGAGGGGGAUUUCCUUUUGAAUUUGGCGUACAAGUUGCUUGUUCAUCGUCUACUGGAGGUGUUAUUGCUGCUGCAUGUCAGCAAGUUGUUGUUACUAUGGAAUGAAAAGGAUCGCUGAGGAUUAUCAUAAACGGCUAUUCAGAGUCUGGUAUUGUUGCUGACGAAGCCCGGCUUGAUUUCCCUGCUCAACAUUGCCAAAUAAGCACUCAAGAAUGUACUGUUGGCAAUUCUAAGCUGCAGGUUGUCAUUGCUUGGUCUCUACUUGUGAGGGACAAGCUCGACAACUUGGCGGAGGGGUACAUCUUCCCUCUGUGA